CACCUCCCUCCUGCUCUGCUCGCCCUUCCCAAAACGAAAAAAAAAAGGGCAGCAGCAAGGGGAGAGAAGAGGAGGCAGCCCACACUACACGGAGAAGAAAGAUGGCGACGUGGAUGGCGGUGGCGGUCGUGGCGGUGAUGGGCGUGCUGGCGCCUCCCGCGGCGGCGCAGACGUCGAGCACGCCGGACUGUGCUGCGAAGCUGGCGCCGUGUGCGCCGUACAUAAACACGACGGGGAUGCCGCCGGACACCUGCUGCGGCCCGAUCAAGGAAGCCGUCCAGAACGAGCUGAAGUGUCUCUGCGGGCUCUACGCCUCGCCGGAGAUCUUCAAGGCCUUCAACAUCAACGUCACCCAAGCCCUCGGCGUCUCCAAGCGCUGCGGCCUCAGCGACACCACUGAGGCCUGCAAGGGCCUUGCUCCUACACAGUCUCAUCCAGGUUCUCCAUCAGGUGGUGGCAAGAACUCCGGUCAUCGCACUCUGUCAGUCGGUUUCCCAGGAUUGAUGAGCUUGUUCCUAGCUUUGUGGGCUGUGUUGGCAUAAGAUCAAGCAUGCUAUUACCAGAUAAUGUUUGUUUGAUCCCGCCGUAGAUGAUUAAUUGUUACGAUCUUCUGAGACGGUGAUGCUAUGGCUGUGUUAAGAUACAAUCAACAUUUGUUUUGCUGUGUAUUGAUGUGAUCAGCCAGUAGAGUGAUGUACCUGAACCGUGAUUUCUCAUUGGUUUCUUCAUUGUUCUUUAUUAGACAUAGAUAUAGAUAAUAAAAUCAAAAAUUCUUUGUACCAUGUAAUGAAUCAGCAUUGCUAUUCA